GUGAUACCGGAAGUCCUAAACUACACUGACCACCUUGACAGGUGUAAGGCUCUAACAUGCUACGGACCUGAUGCCGCUGCUGACCGUCACACACGGCAGAUACUUUUGUCACGUUUCCAUUCUCACCAUGUUGUUAGUAAUGUCCGUGUCGCCGUGUGGCGCGCGUGCCUUUCAUCCUUAUGGCAGAUCGAUCAUAUAACAUCAGAUCAAUCGCACAUGCAGAGAGGGAAGUUCACCUGAUGCGGAUAGUUGCACGGCGGCUUCCACGUUGUACGGCGUGAUGCUGUGAGGCUGCUGGACAAACAUGAUGGAGAAGGCUGCCAGCCAGCUCGAGAAAGACCAUGUGCACAGUGUCUAUGACAAGAUUGCUCCAUAUUUCAAUGAUAGCCGCUAUAAAGCCUGGCCAAAGGUGCAACAGUUCAUGCUGGACCUGCAGCCUGGGAGCAUUGUCGCUGACAUUGGCUGCGGCAAUGGCAAGUAUCUCCACAUCAACAAAGAGGCGUUUAAGCUGGGCUGCGAUGUGUGUCGCCCCCUGGUGGACUUUGCCUGGAGCCAAGGACACGAGGUCCAGAUGUGUGAUGGGCUGCACUUGCCUUACAGAGACGGCUGCUUUGACGCUGUGCUCUCUAUUGCAGGUAAUGGACACACACACAGACACACAGAUAAAUGGGAAUUCUUCCAUCAUAUGCAUGAAGCUCAACUGAUGCAGCUGCUUCAAAUUAAAUCACCAAGCCGUACCCUGCGCGUGGGUGGAUGCAUCAUGAUCUAUGUGUGGGCCAUGGAGCAGAAACGUCGGAAAUUUGAGAAGCAGGACAUCUUCGUUCCUUGGAACCCCAACCCUUAUUCGUCCUCCAGGUACAGGAGAGAGCAUGCCAAACCCAGGAGGAGGGCCACUGCACAGAGUGUGAGCGAAGCCAUUGACAGCAUUGACAAGCACAGGAAGGUUAGAAGCACAUCCUCCAUGGCAGAUGAAGAAGACCUGACCUGCACCACACCACAGCAGAGGACUCAGAGACUGUGGUUCUUCUCCAGGUCUUUGGAUUCUGUGUUUGACUUUGGAAGUUUAGCCAUUUCCCGCUCGUCCUCUAGAGACCUGUGCACUUUAUCUUCACCCACAGGUGAAGCACAGGGGACCAAGGCAAGCUGGCGUGGGAGAGGCCGAGGCCUCAUCAAACAGGUCUCAAGCUUCUUUUCCCCUCCGUCUGUGAUUGGAUCAGAGGAGGAUGUCUUUAACUCAGUCACAGACCUGACAGCACGACAGAAUAAUCCCGGAGGCAACAACACCACCACCACUAACAACAGCAGCACAGAAGGCAAGAGUGUCUCGGUAUCUUUAGCCCAGGAGUGCGGCUCUGUGGCCCUGCCAGACCUGGUGCCUUUCCAGACGGACCACCUGAAGCAGUGUGGAGAUGAAAGUGGAGGAGGGCCUCAGGGAGAAGAGCUGCAGGAAAGCACACCAGAUCCUCAGGAAACCGAGGUGGAAGGCUCCUGUCUGAGGUACUAUCAUGUGUUCAGGGAGGGAGAACUGGUGGAGCUGAUAGAGGAUCAUGUUGAAGAGCUUCAUGUCAAACACACCUACUUUGAUCAUUCCAACUGGUGUGUGGUAGCAGAGAAGGUUCAGCUAUGGAAAAUAUGAUUUUAGCCUAUUUGAUUUUACUCUGCGUUGCCUCUGCCUCAAGUUUAAGCACUGAACUACACAUUUGAUGAUCAUUACAUUCUUGUAACAGAAAAGUGUGUAAAGGUACAGCUGUAGCCAUUAUUGGAGGUACACGAAACACUAAACCAAAUACUCCACUGCUACAGCUAUUUAUUUAACUGUUUAGUGAACGUAUUUUUUAAUUAUCUUUUUUAAAUUUUAAAUGGUCCUGGAACCAGUUGUGUGACAGACUUAUCUGUAUCUAACGUUAUUUUAGAUGGCAUCACUGGAAUGUUUUUGCUAUGGAUGGCAACAGUGGCUAUUACUGUAUACAGUACCGUUCUUAUUUAUUAUAUUUAUUCUAUUGCAAUACAUGAAAGCAACAAGCAGUAUCCAGAUAUCCUGUGUGUUCUCUUUUUAGUGUAUAGAGUUAGUUUUAUUGUCAAACCGCAGCAAGCUCCGUUGCUGCUACUGAUUUUAACUUUUAAAAGCGUUUCUGUCACAGGCAACGUCCACUCGCUUACACAUUUUGAGGCGUUGAUUUUAGAGGAAAACUUUUGUGUCUGGCUGUCUUAUAACUGCAAGGAGCUGAACUUGCAGGAAGAAUCUGCCCUGCACCUUUUGGUGGGGCUUUCUGUAAACUGCUCAUGUAUAAAAUAUCAUAUACACUAUUAUAAACAGAGCUUCAAGUUGUGCAGAAUAUCUUCCAACACAUUCAUUCCAUUUGCUUGUUUUAUUCUCCAGGUGAAUUAAAGACUGUGUUGUGCACUUGAUGAUGAUAGUAUGUGUAAUAUUUGUGUAUUGUCUUAGAAACAACAAGCUGACUAUACUUCUAGUACUAUUAUGUUUCAGCCAACCAACUGCCUCAAACUGUGAAUAAACAUUGCACUGCAUCACAAAUAUGUCACCACUUGAUGUCAGUAACUGACAUAAAUAUAGGUGAACUUACUACACACUUGUUAUCUAUUGUGCCAAGGAUGGUGUGUAUCCUUAUCAGUACAGUAUGUGUGGAUCUGGUAUUUUAUUGUCUAAUGUGACUUGACGCCAAUGCUUUGAAGAUUUUUUUUUUAAUAAAGAUUUUUUGAGUCAUGA